AUGUCUUACCCACCGUACGGAGGCCCUCCAGGAGGAUACGGAGGACCCCCACCGCCCCCUGGAGGAGGAUAUGGAGGGUACGGCGCCCCUCCUCCAGGAGGAUAUGGUGCACCCCCACCGCCUGGAGGCUACGGUGCACCCCCGGCUGGACCGCCGGGAUACGGCGGUGGAUUUGCCCCUCAAGGAGGCCAUCGUCCUCCGCCCCCUGGUGCUGACCCUCAAUCAGGUCAUAUCAACGCCACAGAAUUGGAGCGGGCGCUCAUCAACGGCGACUGGACUCCCUUUGACUUGGAUACUGUCAAGAUGUUGAUGUCGAUUUUCGACGUCGACCGCAGCGGUACCAUUGGAUUCAAUGAGUUUGCUGGUCUUUGGAAGUAUAUCAAGGACUGGCAAAACGUCUUCAAGCACUUCGAUCGCGACCGCUCCGGCUCUAUCGAUGGCAACGAACUCCGCGAGGCGCUCGGUCAAUUCGGAUACCAUCUCUCCCCUCAACUCCUCGAUCUCCUGCAGAAGAAAUAUGACGCUAAAGCCAACCAAACUGCCGCUCCCGGUGCCCCCGCGCCUGGCAUCUCGUUCGACCGCUUCGUCCGUGCUUGCGUCGUCGUCAAGACCCUCAGCGAGUCCUUCCAAAAGCUCGACACCGACCGUGAUGGGUGGAUCCAGAUCAACUACGAUACCUUUAUGCACACCGUCCUCAGCUUGCCUUGA